AUGUUCACGCCAGCAGCCGUGCUUCUCAAGAAGAGGGGCGCGGGCGAGGCAGGGGCCGAGGGCGCCGACAACGCCGGCAGAGGGGCCGAGGUCGUGGGCAUCUCGAGGAAGGACAAGCUGAUGACGAAACUGCUGCCUCAACGCGAAGACAACCUCCGCGGGUCGGCGAGGGGCCAGAAAGUCGCGGUGAGGCUCAAGGUCGGCUCGCGGAUGCAAGCGGCGCUGGCGGCGAGCACAAAGCGCUGCCAGAAGGCUGGAAAGGAGGCGCGCGACGCAGUCGCAGCCGCGGAUUACCGCGGCUACCCGUUUGGCGAGAAGCCAGACGCCGACCUCCGCAUGUUGCUCUUCAGGAUGAGCGAGGCAGUGGAGACCAAGUACGACGAGGUCAAGGCCGCGGUGGCACAGGGACCUCACCCGCAGGAGUCCGAGACGGCGCUGAACUUCGGGAAGAACCUCAAGGGCCCCGAGUUGCGCCUCAAGGCGACGAGAUGCUUCGACGUGACGGCUAUUUACGUGCUCAAGGCCAAUGGCGGCCUGAAGUCCAUGAGCAUGAUUUUAGGGGACGGCGACGCUCCACGGUCCAUGGCGACCAAGGAGCUAGAGAAAUGUGUGUUCAAUGGCUGCGGGGACAGCACCAACCGCAAGCAGAAGGAUCAGAAGCGUGCGAAGAAGAAGUGGGCCUGCAAGCGCGUGGGCGCACAGGCGGUGGAUGCCAGGCGGGCCGGAGCGGCCUCGGAGCCUCCGCCGAGGCCAUGGGCCAUGCAGUUCACACAGGGCCGGGCGGCCCAUCUGCGGGAUGGAGGCCCGGCGCAGCGCGGAGCCCUGGCCGUGGCCUGCUCGGAGUGCGCGCCCGCCGCCACCGUCCGCCGGGCCGAGAGCUGUGCCUCCGCCUCGGCGUCGCGCAGCUCGACCUCGAACGAGAGCGGCCAGGCGGACGGCGUCGCGGCGCUGCACCUCGAGCCGCGGAGCGGGAGGCUGUGGGCGCUGCUGGACUCCGGCGAGGUGGCGGCCUGGGACCUCCUGACACCCAGGGCCCUCGGCCGCUGGCGCCCCGCGUGGCCAGCGCCGGAGGGGCCGCCAGCGGGGCCCCUGCGGGCCGCGGCGCUCUGCGAGGACGCCGCGUCAGGCCUUCCCCGCGGGUCACCGGAGGGCCGCCGCAGCACCGGGCCGGUGCUGCUGCGCUCGCCGCUGCCGGCGUGGCCGGGCGCAGGCUCGGCCCCCCUCGGCGCACCGUGA